AUGGAGCGAAGAAGGUAUAUCGCACCAAAAUUCCCUCAUAAUCACUUGAACAUCGAUAAAAAUGAAGUGGUUAGUAGCAGAACUCAUAACCAUGAGUGUCUCAAGCGUCAGCGCGAUUUGGACAUACUUGUAGGACAUGACAAUGGUAAAGAAUAUACUAUGAGAGAGAAAAGCAGCAUUGACAAUCUAACACUUAUCGGUUCCGCUGCGGUUGAUGUAGGUGUAGGAAUCGAAGAGUGUAAAAAAUCUGAUGAUGUGCCAUUCUCAACACCUGUUGCAGUUUGCAGCGAUUCACAUCAGAGCGGUGAAAGCUUGUGCCAACUUGAUGAUACAUCUCGUACACAACACUCACCUCCAGGCGUUAAGGCUCAGUUAAGCUCACGUCGACUAGAAUUUUCGAGGACAACUCAACAACAGUAUCACCCGAGAUAUGGGAAAAUGGAUGCAUCCCACAAUUUUUCUCUCUUGUCACCUAUACCGAGUUCCUUGCCUGCGACACCAGCAAACUCUCAAUUAUCUUCUCAUGCGUUUCAGAGGCCUAAUGAAAACGAAGCUGAUAGUGUAUACAUUAAAACUGAAAACAGCAACGACAAUGAGCGGUACGAUGAGGAAAUUUCUGAUGGGUCCUCCUCAGGGGCUCCCGAGGGAUGUGUCAUCGGAAUGGCAUCCAAGGUUCCUGUGGCUACUGCUCAUGGUUUGCAGCAUUACAUGCACUCUUCAAGCGACACAGUCAAUGAGUCAGAUCAGCUGCGUAUGCCUGUGCAGCUUCAGUUAAAUCAUAUCUUUCUCCAGACAAUGGAAGCUGAAAAGACAGAACUAGUUAAUGCACCUACAAGUACCCCGUGUAACGAAGUCGUGAUGGAUAGCAGGAGCGGUGCGCACGUCGAGACUGAUUUCGACCAUUUUAAAAACACCGUCGAUGACAUUUUUCGCCUUGGUACUGCCUCAAUUUGUGCAGAAAAUAUGAAUAGUGAAGUAAAGCUCGAGGAUGCGUCCCCGUUUCAACAAAUGGACUAUCGAGAACGGGGAAAGAUGUUGCAAGAGGCCCUUGCAGAAUUGCCAGGGUAUCCGCGACUUGCAAUAUAUGACCGCACACAUUGCCCUUUUCAACGCACUGACGGUAUUGGUUUCGACGAUGCAUUUCAUGAUCGCGUUCAGCAAGAGCUCACUAAUCGAGUGCUUCAUUCAACGAUGAUUCAUCAGCGUAUCGUGCAGCAAUGGAGGAAAACAAACUACAACGCACCAGAAAAUGGUGUGCUUGAGAGCAAUCCUGAAAGUAGUUCUGUGAUUAAAAUGACACCAUCUGUGCGAAUACGUCGAUGGUCUAGGCAGUUACUUUUAGAAGGGAUAGUCGACUACGUGCAACUUGGGAGGCAUCUGCUUACAAAGUUAUUAAGGAAGGUGAAUACCCAUUUUCAUGAUCGAGCACAAGGGAUCUGUAAUGUAGAUAAGCUUUCCACUAAUUCUGUUACGGACUCGUAUUCUGUGAAGGAGCUAGUCGUAGAGCAAACGACGAAUUUCGAGACGGAAAAUCCGAGUUCACAUUCUAUUGUAUUGUCCCUUUUGGAAGGGAAAAGAAAACAGUACGAUGACACUCAUGCCCGUGUAGUGAACUUAGUGGUGAAUGCUUGUCAAGAUGAAAGAAAUUCCCGCGCCGAUGCAGAGGCUGAUGAGGUAAAAAAAUGUGAAGAGACGGCACGACAUGCACGGCAGAUGCUUCACAGAGUGUUGCAGUUUCAUGAAGAAGAAAAAAAAUCACAGCGACCACAACAGGACAGGGAAUGUACCAAAAGAAGACUAAGAUUUCUUCACCUGGAAACAGGCAGUGGCCGGCCACCUCUGGGGGCAAAAUAUUAUUCCUAA